AUGGAUGAACGGUCAGUCUGUAGUCUACUGCCGGGUUCUACAAGUCACCAUCGGGCCACCAUAGCAAUCGCAGGGCGUCACGCUGAUCCUAUGGUCAUUGAACUCAUUAUCAUACAUCCUUUGGAGAGCUUGUUCGAUCGAAUCGUUGUUAGCGGUGGNCCCGAACAUGGUGCGGGAAGCAUAUUGUUCCCUCCUGCCGCCCAGUCUCUGGUCCAAGACCCAGCGUGCUUCGGGCACGUCACUCGACUUCGGGAGAGUUGGCUUCUUCGAAACACAAGUCUCCAAAACAAACGUCACGUUUGCUUGAUCGGCGGACGUCACCUUGGUGCCGUUCACCCUGCUGAUCGUCAGGGAGGAAAGUCGGGUUGUGAUGCUGUGGUUUACGACGGAGCGUUUGGUGAUCAACGUGGUAUCGGAUCCGUUGUUGAUGAACGCUAUCGCCUUCACCAACCCCCAGGUUGUUAA